UUUAGUUGGAACGGCGCGUUACGUUCAGUCUACAAUGAAUACUGAUGGCAGCCUGUAUUUUAUCACGUAUAAAGCAGCUACUUCCAAGGUUUCUAUAAGUGCAGCUUCUUUUUAAAUAAUUUGAAUAAUUUUAGUGCGUUAUUCAUAAUAAUAGUGUAAUGAGAAAGAUUAACGACUUUUUCGGGGGGGGCGCCAUGGGCCAUGGGUGCUGGUUGGCUUGCUUCAGUUAUUGAGAGGUUUCAUCCACAGGAUGGUGUAUGUGGCCACGAAACGGGGUCGGCGGACGACCGACGACAGGACCACCUCGAUCACAGAGUACUAUGAGCAGUUCAUCAGCAAAUUCCAGAAGAACCCACAGACAGAAGGAGUCACUGGUACACUGCUCUUGUACCCUAACUGCUUCAUUCAUUCGUUGGAGUGCUCUUUUGAUGUUCUUGUUGAAAUCCUUAAAGAUCUCAGUGAAAUGGAAAGCAGCCCAGACUCGUUCCUGAAGGAUGUGAAGAUUUUGGUGAUUUCUUAUUGUCUUCCACGCCGAAUGUUUCACACAUGGAUGUAUCGCUCAUUCAACCUCCCAAGCAGCCUGCAGGAUGCAUCACCUCAGACACAGCCAGUCGAGCUCUUGGUCACGGACUGCCUCUCCAUACUCUACAAACUCUGCACUCAACUGAUGAGCAGGAAGGAUACGUGCCCAAAACCAGAGGAGCCAGAGCGCAUUAUGCUAGUGGAGGAGGAGACCAUAAUGUACCUGUGUCGCAGCACUACAUUGCUCUCCCCUUCAGAUUUCUUGAAGGGUUACGCCAAGCCUGUCGACAUACUCAUGGACUCUGGUAAUUAUCAGAUUGUUGUAUGCAUCUUGAUUGUGGCUCAACAGUCAGUUGUUGCAUUAAAGAUUGUGUUUAUCUUCAGAAAUAGUGUGGCCCAUUCAACGUCGACUUUACUGGUAGCCAGCACUGAAGAUAGAUCAGGUAGCCAUACUGUCCUAUUGGCUUUGGUGUAGAUGUGGCAUACUUUGCAAUUAAUUACUUUGCACAAAUACAUCUAUUUUCUGAAGUGUUUUUCAGGAAAUGGAGUUUUGCAGACAGCCAGGUGCUAUGCAAGAAAACAGCAUACAUGCUCACCUAAUGACUUUCUAUAUUUAAUAAAGCAGCUAAUGACUGAA